AUGGACCUGACAGAUUUGAACCAGCUUGUCAACCUGCAGAGUCUUCUACUAACUAACAUAGAUUUGUCUCAUCAGCCUGGACUUGGUGUGAUUUUCCACAACCUGUCUAGUCUGGAGUACCUGGAUUUGAACUUCUGCUGGAUUAAUUCAUUGGAGAAAGACUUAACUAAAGACCUGAAGUCACUGAAGAUUCUGGUGCUUUACAUUGAUGGUGUGUUCAGUAUGAUGGAGAGCUUUGUGGAACCUUUGAAAAACCUGAAAUAUCUCAUCAUGCGAAUUCCACUCCUACAGUGUAGCUGUGAUAAUGCCUGGUUUACCAAAUGGCCCAAAUAUCAACAAAAUAUUCAAGUGCAUGUUUGGGGUAUCUCACUGGAACAGAUACCGUGUAAAGGUACAGAAGGAACUAAACGUUUCUACAAGUAUGCUCACGACAACUGUUUUAUUGACAUUGAGUUUCUGCUUUUUGCCUCCACUUCUUUGGGACUGGUCUUCUUCAUGCUGGUGGUCCUGCUCCAUCAACUGGCCGGAGACUACCUGCUGGCUUUCUACCACAUAGCUCGAGGCUGGAUCGAGGAGGCCAUGAUGGCAUCCAGAAAGGGGCAAUAUUUAUAUGAUGUAUUCGUUUCCUACUGUGGGAAGGAUGAGCAGUGGCUAGGGAAGGACAUUGUGGAGAACAUCACUGACAGUCUAUACAGAAGCCGAUUCACACUUUGCCUGGUCAGCCACAAUUACCUACGGAGUAACUGGUGCUCUCUGGAGAUGCGUUUGGCCACUUACAGGUUGCUGGUUGAACACAAGGACGUCCUCGUCCUGAUUUUCCUGGAAAAGAUUCCUAAUCAGCUGUUAAAUGCACAUCACAGACUGGCCCGUCUGGUGAAAACCCAGACCUACAUAAACUGGCCACAAGACCCAGCGCUGCACAAUGCAUUCUGGGACAGGUUAUGGGCAAAACUCGCACCUAAAAAUGCAACACAGAUUUAAGUUUCUUGAUCUUUUUUGUACUAUUUCUUUAAAGUUGUAAAUAGAGUUAAGCAGUUGAAAUAUUUGAUGUUCAUCUUCAUAUGCAUUGUA